AUGGCAUCGUACACCUCCAGUGAGAUCCGUGCUGACCUCGAGGGCCUGCCCAGCUCUGCGUUCAACGGGGCUGACGAGGCAUCGCGCCAGCAGUGGAUGGACGCAGUGCUGGGUGUCGAGGUCAAUCCACGCAGCGAGCACGACGUUCGGUUCUACACUGGGGUGGCCCGUCUCCUGGCGGACACCGUGCACAGCACGCAGCCCGAAGACUUCGCCGACGAGUAUAAGCGCGAAGUGAUCAAAACAGGUUUCAAACCUGGAGAUUUGCCUUUCGCUUCGGAGGGCAAUCCAGAGAGCUGGAAGGCGUUCAAGGUCACUCCAGCGAUGGUCGUUUGUGCUCUGCGCGUGCAGGCGGCGUGCGCUGGGAGCACUUUGCAGGCGCACCGCGCUGGUGGGAGCUCUGGCGCUGGUGACUCCGACGAUGGCUUCAAGGAGGCGGUCAAAGAGUUUGUGAAGGCACACACCGAACAGGCCACAAAACAUGUCAAAAAGGGCUAUUUUGCGGUUUACGCAGAGCUUCGGUCUUGUAAACCAGCUUUCUAA